AUGGCUUCAGAUGAACGGAGUCUACGGGAGUAUGCCAUGACGCACCAACUAUUCCUCAAUUCCAAGAAGCACAUUACGAAAAGAUCCAAAACCAUCUUCGACGAUCUUCAAAAAUCGCCCUAUUUUCCGCCAACAGCCACGCUGAAGGAUCCUGAAGGCGUGCCCACGCUUGUCAUCCCCGAGCCGAUACUUCCUCCCGAAACAGACCUGAAGAAAGACAACCUCGGAGACUUGGCCACCCUCGCUAUCGGCCUUGAAGAGCAAGAUGACUGGAUGACGUUGGCCAUGGACGCAAGCUUCCAAAACCUUCGCUUCUCCGGAGUGAUUGGCAAAUUUGAGCUUCCUGCUUUGAGGACCGAUCCGCGGCAUGACCUUAAGGCAUUGGCCAAAGAUGUCUGGGAAACCAAGCAGUACGACUUUUUUCGCCGACCGAACCCGCUUGUACUCGAACCUGUCGAUGAGAAGAAAGGAGAGGGUCUCGCUCUUCCUAGCUCUGCCGUGCACUUCCACGACCAGCUUGCCAGAGGUGCCGAGCCCGACGAGAUUGACUACGACGAGGAAGAUUUGGCGUACGUGGCGGAAGCUGUGCACGAAACCUACACCGAUGAAGAUUUGCAGAAUCUUAUCCAGCUUGAAAUGCCAACUCGACAACGACCUCAGUCCAUGAGUCCGGUCCUGAUCCCUCGAAGUCCUGAUCUAACACCAGACGACAUUUCCGAGCCCAUCGCAAAAGCUCGAAUGAUUCAACUAAGUUCCGAUCCCGAUAGCCUGAUGGCAGAGGACCUAAAUUCGGCGGGGAAAAUGAUGGAUUACAUGUAUGAGCACGAGUGUUUGCCCGACAUGACAAUGGACAGCAUCGAAGAUUUGUUCGACCCACCCGAGUCUGAAAGCCCGCCGACGGGGCAAAGAUUGGAAGAUCUGAAAAUGGAACCGCCAAUUCUUUGCAAGUCAGACGAAGUUUCAACUUCUACUCAAUUUGAGGAAGCUUGUCGCGCCCAUAUCCGUGGGAUGUCAGAACUUGGUCAAGCGGCAGUGGUCAUGACGGAAGACCUCGCUGAGGAUUACGACGAUUUUGAAGGCGAUCUCACAGAGCUCCUUCAAAGCAAAGCAGAAGAGAUCACGAGGAAAUCAGAGCAGGAACAGAUAUACGAAGCUGAUGCCACUGCCCGCCUCGAGGUUCCCGUGGUGGACUUCACCAUCCCAGACCCCGAUUGGCAACAAUCAGGGGCUACUCAAGAUGCAUCACAAAUGUAUCUCUGGAUUCGGCGGCAUCUCAAGGAUCAGUUCAACGCUGCACUCUGGCCCAAGACUUGGUCUGAACGAGAGUUUAUGUGGCACCUGAUGCCAGGGUCGCUCGGAGGCGUCAAUACAGAGGAGUCAGUCGGUGACAAAACCUUGUACAAGAAGUUGAUGGAGUGCCCUGCAAUCGACAUGGCUUCAAGUGCGGGCUAUAUCAAGAAGAGAUCCGGAUUGAAGGUCCUCGCUCUAGGCGAUGAUGAGGAGCUACCAGUCCCAUCGUCAGGGGAUGAGCCAUGGUCAAUGGAACAUGAGCCUGAGCUUGGAGUUCUGGAAGCAAUCAGGAAAAGAAAAUCGGCGGGACCUCUUGAAACUGGUGGGAUUGCGGCGUCACCAAGAAUCAAUAACAAGUCUCGCCGCAUAACAAAUCGCAAAACGACAAACUUCGGCCAUGAUAGCUUGCUAUUUGGAGACAAUGACCCAGAUGCGCCAAGAAAGCUCCUGUCCAGCUUCCUUGAGCUGCAAGCCCCAAAGAAAUCACACUUUGAGACGGCAAGCCAUUUCUUUCCAACGCCAGAGCGGACAGCAGCAUCCCGUCCCGUCCUGAGAACGAAGACCAAUACUGCCCAGAGCCCAGCCAAGGCUCCUGACCCUCCACCGAAGCCGGUCUUCAAGCGCAUCGUCCCGCCUUGUCCCACGAUCGAACCUCUAGCCGGGCUCACGAAGAUCGUCAUUUCGACCACUGUUGCUCGAAACAUCAUGAACGCCCUCACGAGAAAUCUUCCGGGUGUUGAUCUCAUAGACCGAGACUUCACAAAGCUCAGUACCACCUCGCUGGCACCCGCUGACAACAAGUCUACGGUUUCAAUUAGCCCCUUCGAAGCAGACAUCACCCCAUCGCCAGCGACUGGUAUCAUCACCACUAACGUCCUGAAAAUAUCCCAGAAGGCCUCCGUGGGCUCGACUUCCCAGCUCUCCGAGAUCCGCCAACGCGUGGCCAAGGUCGCGCUCCUCUACGAACACCUUGCUAUACUAGUCUCAGAGGGAAGCACGCAGGCCGAGGAACACGUCGGACAAUUGUCAAAAGCCAAUGCCGAGGCCUACACUUCCUUCGUCGCGUUCGCUUCCGCCAUCAGCAUCUCUACUGGCUGCUCCAUCAGGGUCAUCUACGUCGGAGGUGGUCUCAAGACUCUGGAGAACUGGACGUGCGCCCUCGUAUCCAUCCACGCCAAGGAGACAUCCUCCGAGCUGGACCUACGCGGAAUCCUCAUCCAGGACGAGACGGACUGGGAGCUCUUCCUACGGCGCGCCGGCUUCAACGUCUACGCCGCGCAAGUAAUCAUCUGCUUGUGCAAAGGCGCGUGUGCAGCAGGAGCAAACGGCCACGAAGCUCCCCUCAUAUGGUUUCUAAAAAUGUCCCCCGAGGAGAGAGUCCAGUAUCUCGCCAGACACCUCGGCGGCGGCGCCGACGAAGAGAAGGGACGGAAUGUUUUGAACAGAGUCAGUGCGCGUCUCAACCGCGUCGUCGACGGCGCCCGGAAGACGGCGAACCCAUGUGCGGCUGCGGCCCUAUCUCGUUCGGACGGAAUUUGA